UGGCAUGUAACGGCAGGCGUCACAGCCUUUUCCUCAUACGUACUUCCUCCCCGGCAUGCACGGCCAGCACACGCGCAGCCGUUUUACCCAGCAUGGUAAGAGGGGCACUCCAUCUCCAUCUCCAUCUCUCCCGACUUGAGGAUCGAUCGAUCGAGCAAAGCAAAAGGUGCUGCCUGCUGCUGAGCUGAGCUGAGUGGUGACUAUAGCUAGCAUGACAGGUUGAGCGAGCGACCCACACUGGGCUGUCUCGCGGAGAGAGAGAGAGAGGGGGGUUUUUCAUUUGAAGGGCGAAUACUGGUCACUCGUGUGUGUUUUCCCCCCUCGCUCCCUCCUUCCCCCCCUCUCUCCUCCCUCGAGAGAGGAGAAGAGAGGGGCCCAAGAACCACCAUCAUCGCCACCCGCAACACAAAGCUAGCUAGGGAACCGCAAUGGAGAUUAGCAGCGGAGGCUGCGGCGGAGGAACCGGCGGAGGGGGCGGCGGGGACGACCAGCCGCUCCACGGCCUCCAGUUCGGCAAGAAGAUCUACUUCGAGGACGCAACGGCCCCCAGUGGUGGCAGCGGCAGCGGCACCAGCGCCAAUGCGUCGUCCUCCUCCAGGGCGCCCGCCGGAGCCGGGAGGAAGGGCAAGGCCGCGGCCGUCCCGGCGGUGCCCGCGCCUCCGCGCUGCCAGGUGGAGGGUUGCGACGUGGAUCUGAGCGGCUACAAGACCUACUACUGCCGCCACAAGGUCUGCUCCAUGCACUCCAAGGCGCCCCGCGUCGUCGUCGCCGGCCUCGAGCAGCGCUUCUGCCAGCAGUGCAGCAGGUUCCACCAGUUGCCUGAAUUUGACAAUGGAAAACGCAGCUGCCGCAGACGUCUCGCCGGUCACAAUGAACGCCGUAGGAAGCCGCCUCCUGGCCCUCUGGCAUCACGCUAUGGCCGACUCGCUGCAUCCUUUGAAGAACCCGGCAGGUACAGAAGCUUUCUGUUAGAUUUCUCCUACCCAAGGGUUCCGAGCAGCGUGCGGGAUGCUUGGCCUGCAGUUCGACCAGGCUACCGAAUGCCCAGUGAAAUCCAGUGGCAAGGGAACCUAGACCUGCGUCCUCACACGGGUUAUGGCCCACAUGCAUAUGGCAGCCACGGCUUCCCCAGUCCAGAGCUCCCUCCAGGCGGGUGUCUCACAGGGGUCGCCGCCGACUCAAGCUGUGCUCUCUCUCUUCUGUCAAGUACUCAGCCAUGGGAUACCACCACCCACGGUGCCAGCCACGACCAUCGGUCCGCGGCAAUGUCCGCGGCCGCGGGCUUCGACGGCAACCCUGUGGCAGUGUCACCCUCCAUCAUGGCGAGUAACUACAUGCCGCCACCAUCGAACCCCUGGAAUAGCUCCCGGGGUCACGAAGGCGGGCGGACGGUGCUGCAUCAGCAGCUGCCACAUAACGUCCAACUGCACGAGGUUCACCCUGCAGCAGGCUCUAGCCAGCAUGGCCACUUCUCAGGUGAGCUCGAGCUAGCUCUGCAGGGAAACAGGCCAGCACCUGGACCACGUGGCGAUCAUGGCAGCGGUGGCAACACAUUUGACCACCCUGGAAGCUCGUCGAACUGGUCCCUGUAGGGGCCAUUUCAACUAAGAAUCCUUAGUCCGCGCAAAGAGCCAUGGAACUGAAGAACUGCCAGGAUGUUGCCUGCGCUCAUUGCUACCUUCUGGUCACAAGUAUGGGAAGGAAAAUCCGAAGUGACAGGCGAAUAAUUUGUUCUUGAUGCAUAACGUCCAUGAACUCCUAAUUAUUUGCGCCCAUGUAAACCUCCAUGAAUUCAAGUAUCAGUAUGCUUAUCGAGGACUUUUA